AAACAGAAAUACAAUCAAAAAAUAUAUUAAAAAAAUAUAUUUUAAAUAUUUAUAGAAAAUGCCGCGACAGAGAUCAUAUCUCGCCUCAUUUCUGACCACCAUUGUGCCGCCGAAGAGCGACUCCACUGGUAAUGACGUGGAGCUGAGUUCCACCUCGACCACAGAGCUGUUUGCGCGGACCAAUUCCCUGAAGGAGGUCAGCCAGCAGGAUGGCAAAAAGAUUGUGGAGGACAUAGUCAACAAAAUAUUCGACAGCAAGCUGGGCCUGGCCAACCUGUCCAGCUCGCAGGGUUCGCUGGAUAGCGAAGUGCAAGCGUCCGUGGAGAUGGACAAGCGCCUGAAGCUCUGGUACGACACGCUGCAGGACCGCACACAGACGCAGAUGAGGAUCCAGCGCAAGAUCGGUCGCAAUGCCAACGAAAUGCUCAUCAAUCUGCCCACCACAGUGGAGCAGCGGGACAAGGCCACAGUGCAGCGUCUCAUGGACUAUGCCACACGAAUGAAUCCCACAACGCUGUCCGUCAAGAGACCCAUGGAACUGCCUGCCUACUUUGACUCGAGACAUUGCCAGGAGGUGAACAAGCUGGUGGAGACUCUGCCGCUGGCCGAGAGACAGGGAGCAGCCAAUGUGGAAAUUAUUGGGCUAACCAAUGCCACCAAGCAGGAGAUAAUGGGACCAAUGUACCAUGGGAAAAACUCACACGAGAAGGAGAAGCAAAAGUGGCUUGGCUCCGAGCUGCUGGACGAGAGCAUCGAGAAGAGAUGCGGCGACAUCAAGCGGGUGCUUCAGUUCUAUCCGCAUGUGGACGAUCUCCAGGUGGUGGGCACCAACAUGCAGGAGGUACUGAAUCGCCAGGAGCUGGACGGCGACAACGACAUUGAAUGCCUCUCCACUGAAACUCUCUACAAAAUCAGCAGCAGCACCCAGCAGUCCACGGACCUCGAGCAGGAGGAGGAACAGGCGGAGCUUGAGCAGAUUGGAGAAUGUCCGCCAGAGCCCAUCAUUCCUGCGGUGGCUCUGCGCAUCAACGAUGAGAUAUUCCUUCAGCCCGAACGUCGCAGCCGUGAGAUUGUCAACUGGGACAUUUACUUCGAGUGCCAUCCAUACGAGAACGUGGUGAAGCAGGUCCUGCGCCUGGAGAACGUGGGCCGACAGGUUAUCACCUGCCAGUGGUCCAAUUCGGAGUUCUACAAAAGCAAACCGCAGUUCCUGGGCUCCAACUUUGACACUUUCUUCCUGGAACGCACCAACUUUGCGCUCUUCCCCGGGGAGGUUCAUGAAACGAAAGUGCUGUUCCGGCCACGUCGUUGCCUGGUGCAGAAGCAGCGCUGGGAGCUGCGGGUGUUCCCCAAUGUCUUCUGCAACUAUCGGGACACCAUCGUGCUGAAGCUGCACGGAAAGUGUCUGCCUGCCCCGGAGUAUGCGCGGAAGAUUGAGAAGCAACUGAACCGCGUGCUGGACAAGUCCAAAACACAGAUGGCCCAAAAGGUAACGGAGCUCAAGGCCACUCUGGUGCCCCUCAUCCAGCCCCACGAGCUGCUCUGCCCCUACGAGCGCAUUUUCGAUGAGCGCGAGAUCUUCAACUCCCAGAACGCGGGCUAUCACUGCGAACGCUUCGACGAUCUGGAGGCCCUCAAGAGCCUCUACCAAGCCCUGAAGAAGCCUCGCGAGCCGGAGUGGGAUCUGCGCCUGGAAACGAUCAAAAAGGUAAUCCUGCGCCUGCCCGAAGCGGAGCAGCGGGAGGAGAACUUCAAGAAGCUCGUCCAAGUCAAGUGUUCCCUCAAGUGCGGCUCGGGGGGUGGGGAUUUCAAUGAGUGCCCGCCCCUAUGCGCUGCUCACAGCACUGAGAAGGAUCGAUCUCGAUUGAUUUACGUGCGGGGCAGCAUAGGCAACGGCCUGGAUGAGUGGGAGGAACUGGUCACAUCCCUCGAGCAGAGCUCUCUCAAGUCGGAGCUGGCCUGUUUCUAUGCAGAGUCCCUCGACGAAGGCGAAGAGGAGAACUCGGAGGAGGAGGAGGAGACUAGUCCUCUGCUGCGGCAACUUCGCCGCGACAAUGCCCCGCUCUAUGUUCUACACAAAAUGCGCUCCAAGAAGUACUACCGCGAUGCCCUCUACAUGCAGACCUACACCCAUCUCUGCGACAUGGCCGAGAAUGUGGUGUCCAUCAUAGAGAGCACUCAGUUUUUUUAGGCCAAAAUAGUU